AUGCAGCAGCAGCAGCAGCAGCUGCGGCAGCAUCAGGAGAAGCAGCAGCUGCUGCUGCAGCAGCAGCAGCAGCAGCAGCAGCAGCAGCAGCAGCAGCAGCAGCAGCAGCAGCCACCGGCUGACACCAGCGGCGCAGCGGACCCAGCCAUGAAGGAGGCGUGCGAUUGGCGCAACCUCCCAGCCGACGUGAUCGGCAAGCUGAUACAUGACUGCG